GUGUCUGUAAUACUUCGCAUUACACCAAAUAUAUGUAGGUAUAUUUUAAAAUUAGGUCAACGCAGAAUAACAAACGAGUAACAAAAUAGAAAAGCUUCAUUGCUUAGAUUUAGCGAGUGAAGAAUGUCCUCUUCACGCGAGGCCCAUGAAUUGUGGACUGAGGAUAAUGCAUCUUUACCAGCCACAGGUGAUCUUCCCACUACAGAAAUGGGAAAACCUGAUUCGAAUGAUGACCAAGGUGAGUCUAACGGGCCUUUAUUUGUUCUUGAAACCUUCUUCCCAGUUUUCGUCUCGUCAUGGGAGCUGGAGACGGGGAUCUGUAGUAUCUGCCGUAAUCAGGUGGAGGGUCCUUGCGUGAAUUGCCAGUGUGAUGCCGAAACGACGGCUUGGGAGUGCACUAUGAUGUGGGGGAAGUGCGGCCACGCCUUCCACACUCACUGUAUUCAGCGGUGGCUGAAGACGAGGCAGGUCUGUCCGUUGGAUAACCGUCCGUGGGUAGAUAAGAAGGAAUGGAAUAAAUCUGUAUGAGUUGAUGACAAGUUUUUUUCAGCUUAUUAUGUCCCCACAAUCGUGUUUGAGUCCGCGGGUUGGUAAAAAGUAAAGCAACAUGGCUUUUGUGGUCGUCCUCCGUACUUUUGUCACAACGUCUCGGUCAACGGUUUCAAGAAAAUGAAUGAAAAGAAGUAUUAUGCUUACAAUUAUUUAGUGGUUAUUUCCAGCCCCAUCAUCGCGGGAUAAAAUGAUAUUCUCCUCAUCUUUACCUAUGCACCGGGCUCACACUGUUCAUCAGUCUUUCUCGUUUCUUGUUUUGUAUUUAA